CAGCCUAGGUGUUGAUCGGCGGGGGCUGUUGUCGUUUCCCCGAGCCGCUCUGACUGUGGAUUAAUGGAAGCAUCUCCAGCUUUUCGGUGGGACUUCCUUCAGCAGCGCCGCUGAUCUCCCGCGCGAGCAGUAAAAUUGUGGCAGACCUGUUGCGCAGAGAUGCUGAAAGGCGCGCAGCAGAUGUGACCGCAGCGCACCGUCGACCGACUCUGACCGCUCGAUUUCCGCCUUCACUUCUAACGUUCCUUCUUUCAUCGGUGAGUAACGUGAGCAUGGAUCUGAGAUCAGAGCUCCCCACUUCUUCUGCCUCCCAAGUCCACCCGGGAGCGGCAGCAGCGGCGGCGGCGGCGGCCUCCAUCCCGGUGUCCAUGGCCGGAAACCUGCUGCGCGGUCCUCCGCUCCUCCUGCGCGCCGCAGACAAGUACCCGCGCACGCCCAAGUGCGCCCGCUGCCGGAACCACGGCGUGGUCUCGGCCCUUAAAGGCCACAAGCGCUACUGCCGCUGGAAGGACUGCAUGUGCGCAAAGUGCACGCUGAUCGCAGAGCGGCAGCGCGUAAUGGCCGCGCAGGUGGCGCUGCGGCGGCAGCAGGCGCAGGAGGAGAACGAGGCCCGCGAGCUGCAGCUGCUGUACGGCACGGCGGAGGGGCUGGCGCUGGCCGCCGCCAACGGCAUCAUCCCACCCAGACCCAACUACGAGGUGUUCGGUUCCGUCAGCAGCGAGAGCAACUCAGAGUCGAGCAUCCAGAAGUACGAGCUGUUCCCCAAGAGCCAGCUGUCCGCAUCAACCCCCCCGCAGCAGUCCGGAGGGAAGCCGGCCUCCGCGGAGAGCGACUCGGCCCCGGGCAUCUCCUCCCCGGACGCUCGGCACGAAGGGGGCUCCGGUUCUGAGAACGGAGACAGCGAGUCGUUCAUCAACUCCCCGGUGUCCAAACCUCUGAAGGACGGAGAGGAGACCCCGGGAUCCGUCAGCUCCCUCGGUUCAGACUCCGGUUCUGAGAUCGACAAGGACGAGCAGGAGCCGUCCCCGUCCUCCGUGGCCUCCCGCCACAUGAACGCCAUCGACAUCCUGACCCGGGUCUUCCCGAGCCACAAGCGGAGCGUGCUGGAGCUCGUGCUGCAAGGCUGCGGCAAGGACGUGGUGCAGGCCAUCGAGCAGAUCCUCAACAACGGCGGCGCGCAGGCGCCGAAGGCCGGGGCGGAGGAGACGUGGACGGCGGAGAGGAUGCUCCAGAGCGCGCAGCAGCUCCCGGCGGCCUCCGCAACCACAGCCCCGUCCUCGAGGCCGAUGCUCCCCGGAGCCAUGGCCCUGAGUAACCGCUCCGCCUUCUCCCCGCUGCAGCCCAACGCGCCGCACUUCGGCGCGGACCCCGGCUCCUACCCGCUGGGCACCCACUUGGGCUUGAACCCGCUGCGGCUGGCGUACUCCGCGCACAGCCGGGGACUGGCGUUCAUGACGCCCUACUCCACCACGGGGCUCAUGCCCACUUUGGGCUUCAGACCCCCCAUGGACUACGCCUUCAGCGACCUGAUACGGGACAGGACAAUGCUGCACAAGGAGCAGCCGUACGCCAGCGGCCUGUACGGGCCUCUGGUCAACAACACGCCGGACAAACAGUGAGGCCGGACCGCGCGCGCGCGCGCGCUCUCUGACGCAUUCAUCCAGUCAUUGUAUUUGUAGCCGCAAGUGUUGAAAUCCGUGAUGUGCUUGGCUACACACUUCUGUACAUAACAGCAUCUGGCUUGUAGUCAGAUGGUCUGCCUGGGGGGUGGGGGUGAGGGUGGGGGGUGUUAUAAAAUGUGGAAUAAAAACAAAUCUAUAUAUGUUAGAUUUCAAGCGUUUGUAAAUGUUUCAAACCAACCAAUAUGAGCCCAGAAUAUUUAUAGAAAAGGGUCAAGGUGGUAAACCAUAAAACAAUAUUAACAGACUAAACUCCGUGUCUCAUAUCCACAUUUAUUUCGGAUUUUAUGUAUAAAUUGAACAAGUUACAAUUUUGACAUUUUAGGGGCCAUAAAUUGUCGGUGAAACUCAAGUAAAAACACGAGGUGGAGUGAAAUUAAAUUAUUAUAACUACUAGCAUCCUGCGCUCAAACGAAUGGCGCAUAAAUACCUUUCAUUUUCCUAUAAAUAGAUUGGUUUAUCUCACCUUUUUUUUAGUUUGUUUCUAAAUGCCUGUAUUAUAUAAUGCGUUCAUAUGAAAUCGACUGUCAUUUAUCAUUUCUGUCAGCUCAUAUAUUUUGUGGCAAAGUGCUGGAAAAAUGUUCAAAUGUUGCAAACUGUGCUGUCACACUGUAUUAAAAUGCUGGAAAUAAAUGUUAUUAAAAUUGUGUACUGA